UUCUUCUUUUAUAAUAUGAGUUUUAUUAUAAAUUUAAAGAUGCGGUUGAUUGUACCUCUUUAUUUUUUACUACUAUGUGCAAUACAUCUUGAAGCAGAUAAGAGAGUAAAUAAAUAUGUGACAACUCAAAUAGAUGCAAAAUGGAAAGAAACACCUUUAGCUUUGGAAGCUGCAGAAUAUUUAAACGACGAAAAUCCAAGUUACUUUUGGAAAUUCAUAGAUACCUUUGCCAAUUAUGAUAUGAGAAAUGCCACAGAAAAAGAUAACUACAAUGCUGUUAUUGCAUUUACCAAGAAAUAUUUGUCAUCAUCAGAAGUAGCAUUAUUAAAGUUAGGAUUAUCUUUACGCAUUUAUUCAGCACGAGUUGAGAUGUUUACUCAAAUGGCAGAAAAUAAGAAUAUUUCUAUACUUGAUUGUUAUAAUGUAGCAGAUGUUGGUGGAAGAUUUACUUGUUCUUUGGAAGAAUUGGAAGAGCUAGCCAGUCAGGAAACUUGGUUAAUACCAGAUACCUAUAGUGUAGAUCAUCGUUAUCAUGCUUCUCAACAGUCGGAAAAAAUUAUUAUACUAUAUGGUCAAGUUGGAACACCAAAAUUCUCAGAUUUUCACGAAAAAUUAAAAGCUCUUGCAGAAACCAAUGGAAUCACUUACAUCUUGCGGCAUUAUUUAAAGGAUAGAGUAGACAGAAAUGUACGUUUGUCAGGGUAUGGUGCAGAACUACAAAUGAAGUCUACAGAAUAUAAAGCAACAGACGAUUCAGAUAUCAAAGAUAACGCAGACAAAGACUCGGAAACUGCUAAUGACAGCACGGAGGAAGUAGAUGGAAUUAAUUUUAUGACUUUAAAAAAUUUAUAUCCUGAUAAACAGACAGAGUUGGAUAAAUUACAAACUCACAUGCUUGAAACUAGUCAUGAAAUUGGUGCUUUAAAGGUGUGGCAAUUUCAAGAAUUAAGUCAUCAAGCAGCUGAGAGAAUAAUGAAUUCUCCUACGAGCGAAGCGAUUAACGUUCUAACGGAUAUUUCGCAAAAUUUUCCGAUGCAGGCAAAAUCUUUAAUUAGAACAAAAGUAAAUGUCGAAAUGAAGAAAGAAAUGAAACUGAAUCAAGCAAUGUUUUCUACGAGCUUAAAUAUACAAGCUACGGAUACUGCACUUUUCAUAAAUGGACUGUUUUUCGAUUUGGAAGCAGUAGAUGCGCUCAGUCUUUUGGAAUCAUUAAGAAGCGAAUUAAGAGUAAUGGAAUCCCUUCGUAAGAUCGGAUUUAGUAACAAAGAGAUGAGCACAUUGUUGGCUUUGGAUUUAUCCACUAAUAUGGAUAAACAAGAAUUCGCAAUAGACAUUCGGGAUUCGGCUAUAAUUUGGGUAAACGAUAUCGAACAGGAUUCGGCUUACGAGAGAUGGCCAUCGUCGAUAACGGAACUAUUAAGACCAAUUUUUCCUGGAAUGCUUAGAGAUAUUCGAAAAAAUUUGUACAAUCUGGUACUAAUUGUCGAUCCUUUAAGCGCAGAAUCUACAUCUUUGAUAACUUUAGCACAAUCUCUAUAUUUACAUACCGCACCACUACGUGUAGGUUUCGUCUUUGUAACGAACUACGAUACUUCUACAACUGGCUUGACCGACGCUAGCGUCGCUGUUAAUAACGUGUAUCAUUACUUUGCGGAAGCUAAAGGAUCGGAACAUGCAUUACAAUUUCUAAUAGACCUGGGAAAUUAUAUCGGACCAGAGGGAGUAGAUGUAGAGGACGUAAAAAGAGCUGUAAGAGCGCAAGAUUCGUCUGCUAACAUAAAUUAUAUCCUCGGCGAAGAAUCUGAAUACGAUGUAGGGCGUCAUUUAGCCAGCGACUUUGUAAAGCGGUCAGGUUUCAAGAAAUUUCCCCAAGCUUUACUCAACGGAGUACCUUUACCUUCCGAUCAGUUAAACGCCGAUUCGUUCGAAGAAGUUGUCCUAUCUACAAUUAUGUCACAAGCGCAUACAUUGCAAAAAGCAGUUUACCGAGGAGAAUUAACCCAAGGAGACGACGUGGUAGAUUAUAUCAUGAAUCAGCCGAACGUUAUGCCUCGCUUAAACGAGAGAAUAUUAAAACCAGAAAAGCACACAUGGCUGAACUUAAUCGGAACUGUACCCAGCGACGAAGAUUACAGCAAAUGGAGCCCUCAAGAUUUAUCGACUUGGUUAAUGAACAAAAUGCGUUAUAUGUAUGUACCACGUCGUACAAGCGUACACCAUUUGUACACCUUUUGGGUUGUGACAGAUUUAAACGACUCAACAGGUAGACAGUUACUGCGCGAAGCACUGGACCACAUGGAAUCGAACGGAGACGUCAGAAUUACCGUAAUUGUUAAUCCGCUUCUUGACACAAACGAUGUUGAUAAUACGGUUGACAUUAAUCAAAUAGUACUGGCUGCACUAAAUGGCCUUCCGAUAGAAAAGGCUAUGCGUUUUAUUCGUAACAUGAUUAAGGAAGACGUUGUCAGCGAUAUCGUGAGCGGUACAUUUGACAUAGAGGAGGAGGAUGUAAGGGAAGAAUUGAAAAAACAAACGGAUGAGUUGACUGUGCAUCGUCGAUACGUUAAGAUGGUACUGAACCUGGAAAAAGGAACAAGAGCGAUCGUGUGUAACGGACGACUAAUCGGUCCUUUAGAUGUCGGUGAAGAAUUUACAAGCGAGGAUUUUUCGCUAUUGGAAAGAUUCAGUCAAAGUACUUACGACGACAAGUUGUUUAAGAAAUUAAUAAAGGGCCAGUUAUUGGAGAACGAGGACGAUGAGUACGAAAGGAACGAAAUCACAGAUGACAUGCUGAUGAAGAUUACAUCGUUAUUAGCAUCGCACCCUCAAACUCGAAGUCGAUUCCAUGUUCCUUUCCACGGUGAAGACUAUAGCGUCAUAAAGGUUCCAGCAGCGAAUCCCGAUCAAGUGGCGUUCAAUUUAGUCGCUAUCGUCGAUCCGGUAUCUCGCGGUGCUCAAAAAUUAGGUCCAAUAUUAAAGACACUUCAACGGUCUUUAAACUGUUACAUUACAGUGUUUUUAAAUUGUUUGGACAAGAAUAGCGAUAUGCCGUUGAAAAGCUUUUAUCGUUACGUAUUUGAACCCCACUUACAAUUCUCCUCCGACGGAGGUAUCAACGGAGCCAUAGCAAAAUUUACGAAAUUGCCGACUUCAUCUCUCUUGACACAGUAUAUUCAUGCGCCAGAAAAUUGGUUGGUAGAAGUGGUUAGGAGCGUUUACGAUUUAGAUAACAUCAAAUUGGACAAUGUAGCAAUUGGAGUACACAGUGAAUUCGAAUUGGAGCAUUUACUACUGGAGGGUCAUUGUUUCGAAGCAGUAAUGGGAAAUCCUCCGCGUGGUCUACAAAUUACGUUGGGGACGGAAAAGCAACCGUUAAUGGUGGAUACUAUAGUAAUGGCAAACUUGGGAUAUUUUCAACUUAAAGCAAACCCAGGGGAAUGGGUGUUGCGUCUCCGACAGGGACGAUCGGCAGAAAUCUACGAUUUCACAACCAUCAGUGGCCAAGACGUUUUACAAAACGGCAACGACGUAAAAGUUGUAAUAAGUUCGCUAAGAAGUCACGUGCUGAAAGUGAAAGUCUCGAAGAAACCGGACAAAGUUGGAAUGGAUCUUUUAUCGGAAGACGAUAAAAGUUCCGGCUUAUGGAACUCAAUCUCUAGCUUUUCCAAAUUUUGGACAUUUACGGCAACGGACGAUAGCGACGAUCAGGACGAAAAGUUAAACAUCUUCUCCCUAGCCUCUGGUCACUUGUACGAGAGAUUUCUGAAAAUUAUGAUGUUGAGCGUCAUAAAGCAAACUAAAAGUCCCGUGAAAUUUUGGUUCCUGAAAAACUAUCUUUCGCCGACGUUAAAAGAUUUCUUGCCGCACAUGGCAAAGGAGUACGGUUUCGAAUACGAACUCGUCCAAUACAAGUGGCCUCGUUGGCUUCAUCAACAAACCGAGAAGCAGAGAACCAUAUGGGGCUACAAAAUACUAUUUUUGGACGUAUUGUUUCCGUUAAACGUUAAAAAAAUAAUAUUCGUCGAUGCUGAUCAGGUUGUGAGGGCGGAUUUAAAAGAAUUAGCGACCAUGGAUCUCGGCGGUGCACCGUAUGCGUACACUCCGUUCUGUGACAGUAGAACAGAAAUGGAUGGAUUCAGGUUUUGGAAGCAAGGCUACUGGCGAAAUCACUUACAAGGACGCGCGUAUCACAUCAGUGCUCUGUACGUGGUGGACUUGAAACGAUUCCGACGCAUCGCAGCUGGAGAUAGAUUGCGGGGACAGUAUCAAGCACUGAGCCAAGAUCCCAACAGUUUAGCCAAUCUCGACCAAGAUCUCCCUAAUAACAUGAUUCACCAAGUGGGUAUUAAAACGUUGCCGCAAGAAUGGUUGUGGUGCGAAACUUGGUGCGACGAUACAUCCAAGAAAUACGCUAAAACUAUAGAUUUAUGUAACAACCCGAUGACUAAAGAAGCCAAGUUACAAGCUGCCGUACGUAUUUUACCGGAAUGGGUUGGAUACGACGAAGAAAUAAAAAUGUUGCAAUUGAAGCUAGAGAACGAGAAUAGACAAAUGGAGAAAGAAGAGAACGAUAUACUCGAAGAUUCGGAAGAUUUCACGAAGCACGUAGAAUUGUAAGUCAAAGUGGCACAAAGUGCGAGGAAUGUUGUCGAAACGAAAGAGAAGAGACGAGACGAGACGAGACGAGAAGAGAAGAAAAAUGGAACUUUUUUACAUACACUUAAAAUUUGAACCCGUCACUUUUUUAUGCUCGUAAGGUGAUUGUUGAAGCAAGACUCGAUUCUUUCGAUCGAUACACUGGAAGCCACAGAGAACUAACAGCGAACACUGCGGAACAAGUUGGAACGUGAAA